CUUCUGCUGUGAACGAUGGCCAAACCCACCCUGAGAGGGAAUGGCACUAACUCCGAGACCUUCCGACAGCGCUUCAGGAGAUUUCAUUACCAGGAGGUAGCUGGGCCCCGGGAGGCUUUCAGCCAACUCUGGGAACUUUGCUGUCGGUGGCUAAGGCCGGAGGUGCGCACCAAGGAGCAGAUUGUAGAAUUGUUGGUGCUAGAGCAGUUCCUGACCGUCUUACCUGGGGAGAUCCAGAAAUGGGUACAAAAGCAACGUCCAGAAAGUGGAGAGGACGCAGUGGCUCUGGUGGAAGAAUUAGAAAGAGAGCCUGGAAGACCUGGACGUUCGGUCACAGUCUCUGUGAAGGGGCAGGAAGUGCGCUUGGAGAAGACGACACCCCUGAAAUCAUCACGAGAGUUAUUAAGUGUUCGGCAGGAGUCAGUGGAACCCCAGCCCAGGGGUGUACCCAAGAAAGAGAGGGCAAGAAACCCAGACCUGGGACCACAGGAGCAGAUGAACCCAAAGGAGAAGCUCAGACCUUUUCAAAGGAGCGGAUUUCCAUUUCCUAAAUCUAGUGUGGUCUCCAAGUUGGAGCAAGGAGAGCCAUGGAUCCCAGAUCUGGGCUCCAAGGAGAAGGAACUCCCAAGAGGCAGUCACACAGGAGACAAACGAAUGCAUGCUGAUCUGUUACCAUCCAGGAGAGAGAGAAGGUGGGUGGAACAGGAUCACUGGGGCUUCGAGGAUGAGAAGGUGGCAGGUGUGCACUGGGGCUAUGAAGAGACCAGAACUCUCCUCGCAAUUCUCAGUCAAACUGAGUUUUAUGAGGCUCUCCGAAACUGUCAUCGCAACAGCCAAGUGUAUGGGGCUGUGGCUGAGCGGCUCCGGGAGUAUGGGUUCCUCCGGACCCUGGAGCAGUGUAGGACCAAGUUCAAAGGUCUCCAGAAGAGCUAUCGGAAAGUCAAGAGUGGCCACCCACCUGAGACCUGCCCCUUCUUUGAAGAGAUGGAAGCCCUGAUGAGUGCCCAGGUCAUUGCCCUGCCCAGUAAUGGCCUGGAGGACGCAGCCUCUCACUCUGGCCUGGUGGGCAGUGAUGCUGAGACUGAGGAGCCAGAGCAACAGGACCGGCAGCAUAAGGAGGGAGAAGAUGCCGUGACUGAAGAGUCUGACAGUGAGGAAGCGGGCCAGGAGGCCACCUCCCAGGACCCCGACAACUCCACCACACCCGUCCUUUUCCGAAGCCCAAGUGGUGUACACUGGGGCUAUGAAGAGACAAAGACCUACCUUGCAAUUCUUAGCGAGACUCAGUUUUAUGAAGCCCUCCAGAACUGCCACCGCAACAGCCAGUUGUAUGGAGCAGUGGCUGAGCGGUUAUGGGAAUAUGGCUUCCUUAGGACACCAGAGCAGUGUCGGACCAAGUUUAAAAGCCUCCACACCAGCUAUCGGAAGGUCAAGAAUGGCCAAGCACCAGAGACCUGUCCCUUCUUUGAAGAGAUGGAUGCUUUGGUGAGUGCCCGGGGUGCUGCCCUGCCCAGUGAUGGUCGGGAAGAGGAGGCAGCCUUGUGUCCCACCCAGGAGACCAGUGAGGCCGAAGCCGAGAAGCAAGCCGAGGAAGCAGAUGAGGCCAUAGAAGAAGAUUCUGAAGACGAUGAAGAGGAUACCGAGGUACCCCCAGAGGCUAUGACCCGUGCUCCAGUCUUAUUUCAGAGCCCCAGUGGUUUUGAGGCCGGAUUUGAGAAUGAAGAGAAUCUAAAACGGGAUAUUGCUGAGGAAGUACAACUACACAGGACGUUACUUGCAAGGUCUGAGAGGAAAAUUCCCCGGCAUCUUAAUCAAGGUAAAGGCAUUGAGAGUGAAUGUAGAUCAGGAAGACAGUGGGAGAAGACCCCAGGGGAGAGAAGAGGAAAACCAACAUUCCCAGAGAGGAGUUUAGGUAAAGUUCUAAGUCAUCAGAGACCUUACUUGGGGGAGAGACCCUAUAAGUAUCUCAGAUAUGGCAAAAGCUUUGGUCCAAACUCCCAUCUCAUGCAUCAGAUAUCCCCUCAAGUAGAAAAUCCAUAUAAAUGCGCUGACUGUGGGAAAAGCUUCAGUCGGAGUGCACGCCUCAUUAGACACCGGAGAAUCCACACUGGAGAGAAACCUUAUAAAUGUCUUGACUGUGGGAAAAGCUUCCGUGACAGUUCGAAUUUCAUCACCCAUAGAAGAAUCCACACAGGAGAGAAACCAUAUCAGUGUGGUGAGUGUGGAAAACGCUUCAACCAGAGCUCAAGCCUUAUCAUUCACCAGAGAACCCACACAGGAGAAAAGCCCUAUCAGUGUGAAGAGUGUGGGAAAAGCUUCAAUAACAGUUCUCAUUUUAGUGCACAUCGAAGGAUACACACAGGAGAGCGACCCCAUGUGUGUCCUGACUGUGGAAAGAGUUUCAGUAAGAGUUCUGACUUACGUGCACACCACAGAACCCACACAGGAGAGAAACCCUAUGGGUGUCAUGACUGUGGCAAGUGCUUCAGUAAAAGCUCUGCUCUUAAUAAGCACCGAGAGAUCCACACACGAGAAAAACUUCUCUCACAGCCAGCCCCUAAGUAAGCCCCUGAGGAUCUAUGAAGAAAACAGUCUCAUUACAUGUAUUGAAAUUGUUUAGAAAAGUCCUCCAAUAGUGAGAUCCAUCUCUCCUAAUCUGUGCCUGACUAGUAUAGGAAAUACUCUAGAAUUUACGCCACUGUUUGUUCCUAUGUUUCUCCUGGAUCUAGAGUCAAAUUCCCAAAGCAUCUUAAGAAUGAAAGGAAGAUUUGAGCUUCCCUGGUGGCGCAGUGGUUGAGAGCCCGCCUGCCGAUGCAGGGGACAUGGGUUCAUGCCCCAGCCUGGGAAGAUCCCACAUGCCGCGGAGCGGCUGGGCCCGUGAGCCAUGGCCACUGAGCCUGCGCAUCCGGGGCCUGUGCUCUGCAACGGGAGAGGCCACAACAGUGAGAGGCCCGUGUACUGCAAAAAAAAAAAAAGAAUGAAAGGAAGAUUUCAUUCCCUCUCCUUGCCUUUAUCGACGGUAACAGCUUUCCCUCUCAGUGCCUAUGUUGUUCCCUUAAUAGAGAGGACACAAUAGUAGAUCCUAUGAGUUUGACGUGCACCCUUCUUUACUCAUCCUGUUAUAAACUGCAUUUCAACUAGAAAAACCCAUCACAGCAUUUCAUGGAAAAGUAGUGAGAAUUCUCAUUGAAUGGGUGUAGCUCUUUAUAUAGCAAUGGAAAUGCAAAAAAGAAUGACUUUUCCUGCUCACUUAACCCUGUGCUCAGAAUGACACAUAUUUGUCAUUAACACUCUUCCUUUACCUUAAAGAAGGAGAGUUUAAGUGUCCAAUUUGGUUCUGACCUAUAAGUCAUUUUGUCAAGAACCUAGGUGUGCUAUAUGGGGAAACAAUGUAAACCUCGUAUAAAUAUUGAGGUGUGAACCCUGGAUUUCUUAAGUUUCUUCCAAGCCCUAGAAGCUUUGGAAUAGAAAAAUACUGUAUUUACAGCGUCUGGUGUGAUUUUUUUUUUUCUGGUCCAUCUCAUCUGAAUUUCAUGUGUCCCUUGUGGUCCAGAAGCUUAAAGAGCAAGCCAGUAGGAUGCGGUGAUAGGGAAAGCAGUUAGAACUGCCAAGAGGGAAUUGUCCAUAUUCCACACAUGCUAAACACCUGGGCUAGUGUCAUGCACCCUGUGGACAUAAUACUGACCUGCAAUGCGCAGAGGCCACUUGCCACAUUCCCGUGGACUGGGAAAACAGACCACUUUGUGCCAACAACUCUUUACCCUAAUGGUAAGGAGGACAGAUUUUCUUUGGUCAGUGGCGUUGACAAUACUUACACGCACACAUGCACACAUAUUCAACUGUAUACAUCUACUUUUAAAAGCAGCUCUUCAAAUGCAAGUGUAAUUCUGAUCUUUAUGAUCAAAUAGUAUUGAAUUAAUUGCCCACAUGUUCAUAGCAGUAUGAUGAGCAGGUACAGCACAAGUUAAACAGACCCUGUCCUCUUCCUUACAACCUAAAACAGAUGACAUUGACAUGGACAAACAGUGCACAUGUAUAGCUGCAACAGUUUUAGAGAAGUCUAGAAAGCUAGGUAGUAACACUAUGCAUAAAACUUAAGGUCUAAUGCAUUAGAGUUUGGAAAAAAUUUGAGAGGUAUUUUCUUCUCUUUAAUCAGGAAGGCUUCAUGAAGCAGGAAGUGCUCAGAGGGAAGGUUACUGGGUGGGAUGAACUUUCCAAAACUCACUGCAAAAUUGAGUGCUGAAUGGGUGAAAAAUGGGAAAACUGGGGAGCAAGGGAGCAGAGGGCAAAGGACAGACUGUAAGGAAGGUUAGACAAAGCUUGGAGUAGCACAAAAUUGGAGGGGUAGCAAGAUAUGGGCCGUGCAGAAGGCAGAGAGGGACUCGCCUCAGCUAACACAUGGAGUGCCAGGCAGAUCAGGAGAUGGGCUCCUAUCCUCCAGAGUAAAUCAGGUACUGUGCUGUGCUUACUGAAAGGAAACAGCUGACUGGCGCUGGGGAAGAAGGAGGAGCAGUCUUAGGGGACUAGCUCCCAUGGGAGACAAAGGUCAGAAACCAGUAUCUUAAGAAGAUACUUCAAUGGGCAGUUCAGAGGAAAGAAGAACGUGAGUGAUGGCCAAGGCCUGGGAUAAGUAGCUGCAUCAUUAGUCACAGUGAAUGAGUUGGGAUGGGAAUGAGAUCUGAGAGAGAAGUGCGGAGGUAGAAUUUUCUAAAAUCCAUAGUUUACUGUGGUAGAUGAAAGAUUAAUUAGGGUUCUGGUGCUGAGGGAAUUUCCUAAUUCCUAACUCUUACAAAUUAAGGGGAGAUGGUGUCUCAAUUAUGUUGCCUAAGCAGACAGGAAGAUACAAGAAACACGAGUCUAAAGCAAUGCCUCGGGAUCUGAGUUUAGGAAGUUUAGGAAGUGUGCUAUAGUGUUUUUUAAAAAAUGAGAGAUCACUGUCUUCAGUAUAUCUAUGUACAGUCUUGUGGGAAAAGCACUGGUUUUGGUACCAACAGAUACAAAUUCUGGUUCCAGAUGUCUUAUGUGUAAGUCAACCUGCCUCCAUUUCCCUUUCUGUAAAGCAGAACAGUGUUUACACCUUAAUCUGCCUCUCAGGGAUACCAUGUUAAU